AUGGGGCCGGAGAAGGAGGUGGUUCCGCCCGCCUCCCCUCACAAUUCUUCCAUACUCUGCCGUCAGCCUCGCCGGGUGUUGGUUUCGAUCAGCACCGGGGGUGGGUUCACGCCACGGCCGUUCCCCUCGGGGGGCGCGUCGGGGCCUCUGAAGCCCUGGGAUCCCUGGAUCCCCGGCAAUGCCGAAGCCUGUGGACUCUUGGCCGCUGGCCAGCAGACCCGUCCUUUGGUAGUAUCCUGGGGGAAGCCGCCCUGCGCCAAACGCCGUUCGCCGGCGGUCGCGCGGGGGCCGGGCCCCCCUUCCGAGGGCCGUAUGCCGCAGCCCGUCCCUGCCCGUCCGGGCGGUGGCCGGAAUCUCUGCGUGCGGACCGGCGCUGAGGAGCUUAGAGGGGGCAAUUUGAUGGCCGCUCGCACCCCCCCGGUACGCCGGGCGGGGUGUGCCGGUCGGGCGCCCCGUGCGCCCCUUCCGUUUAACUAA